CUUUUAUGUGUAUCACUUCCUGUCUUAGAUUUUCCUUGAUACUACUUAGUUUUUGUUCUAUGUCACUUAAACAUUUCACCAAUCCUAUUUUUACUGAUAUAGGAUGGGAUGAUUGGAAGUUCAAAGAUCUGUUUGAAUGUGUGGGUUUCCUGUGAAUGCUAGUGUUUAACUUCCUAUCUUGUUUCCUUUUUACGUUGCAAUCUAACAUUGGAAGCUCCCCUUCCUGACUUUCCAAUUCGUAAUUGAAUUGAAUUGCUUCAACCUUCGAGUUGAUGUGUUCGAAAAAUCUAUCUAUAUCCUGUGUUCUCAGUACAGUGAAUGUGUCAUCUACAUACCUCCACCAUACUGUUGGGGUGUGGUUGAACGUUUCAAUCGCUAUGUUUUCCCACCUAUCCAUGAAUAUAUCUGCUACAACUGGGGAUAUUGGUUAUCCCAUGGCAACUCCUUCAGUUUGUUUGUAUAUUUUCCGUUGGAAUUUCAAUACUGUGGAAGUCAGGCAUAGCUGUACUCCCAGCAUUAUGUCCUCAAGUGGCACUUUUGUCCUAAGUUCGAGUUCUUGGUCAGAAAUGAGUUCUUUUCUGACUGCCUCGAUAGCCAUAUUUAUUGGUACACGUGGAUUAAAUAGUAAAAGAGUUAGCGGUAGUAAAGCCAGAAGUUGGCAUCAAUCUGUGAAGUCGUUUGGCUGAUAGUCUGAGCCACAUUGGGACGCAGACUGUUUGGAAACUCUGAGAUAUGGCGUAAAAUCAUUUACAAUGGUGCAGGUAAACUAACUUCUUAUCAUCCUUCAGAUUUCACAAAUGUUCAGUUAUCUUCAUUUAACCACCGUUUCUCCUGUAUAUCUCCGGUCAUUGUAAUUUCAU